CUGUAAGACUUGCUAGCAGAGAAGGUUUGUCCCUGCUAGGCUGCCAUCCAGACAGCAGCUGCAAGGCAUGCCUUUGUUCCAUUGAGAUCAGCUGGAAAAGCAAAGUGAAGGAGGCAGGGAUUGAAGGCUGUCUCUGAAACUGCAGGAGUAGCGAUAGUAGUAGCAGCAACCCUGGGAUGGGAUGGGAAGGGAGAAACCAGCAGCUGCUUCUCAUAACACAGAAAGGUACUGUAGAGGAGGGAAACUUACAGAUAUAGACUCACCACACCCUAUUGUCUUUGCAAAUUACUUCUGGACUCUAUUAUUCUGGGUUCCCCUGAGUACACUGAUUGCAACUGACGAUUUGCAGGUCUUCCUUGGGUGAAGUAAUUCACAAAGAAAAAAAAGUGGAACAGAGAAGGUAGUAAGCUGUACAUAUCAAAAACAGAACAGAAAGUAAUUAGAACAGAAACUGUAGCAAACCAAGCAUUAAUAAUGCUCAGCUGAUGAACUAAGCAGCAGCAGUGGUGGCAGUGGUUCAAGGGAUAAGGAGACAAGAUGCAGAGUGGGAUAAAGGAUGUCGACCAAGCACACCUGCCACAGGUUCAAGAUGUUCGCCGAGAAUUUGCUGUCCUAGAAGAUGGAGCUCUGGCACACUGCCUUCAGGAACAGGAGAUUGAACAGUAUUAUGCUUCCAACAUUCAGAAGAACAGACUAGUGCAGAAGGACAUCCGGGUGGCCAGAAAACUGCAAGAUGAAGAAGCAAAGCAAGGCAAAUCUACUGUUGUUGAGCAGCAGAAGGAAAUUGCUGAAAGGGAUUCUGAAUAUGCACGGGCAAUCCAGGAAGAAAUACGAAAGCAGUUAGAGGAGUCAAAGCGCAGGGAAGAAGAAGAUAAGGAAAUAGCCAGGAGAUUACAGGAGGAGGAGGAACGUGAGCAACAGAGGCUUCAGAUCCAGGCCCGGAGACUUGGAGAUGGUGAAAGUCCAGUAAGGGACAGAGAGCAUGGCUUUCAUCGAUCUAAUCUCCUCCACCAACAUCACCUUCAUCACCAUCAAAGACGGCACAGAAGCAGUGAAGAAGACAGAGGUCACUUAUCUGACUACAGAGAUAGUGCCAGAGACAGCAGUGAGGGAACUAGGCUGUGGAGUCCUGAUGUCAACAGGCAGGGUAGGGAUAACAGAGGUGAUUCUGUGUAUAGCAACAGCCAACGUGGGUGCUAUGAGGAACAGGGGUCAAUGACUCAAAGUCAUCCUGGCAUACAAAAUGCAGUACAGUACCAGGAUAAGAACCAUAGGACUAGAGAAAGCAAACGAUAUCCUUGUGGAAUAAGUGACUGGCCCAUGAGUUAUGCAGAGGAGACUGGCCGUCUCUCCAAUAGGGGAGAAAGUGAAUUUAGGGAGGGAGACCAUCUGUAUCAUCAGAAAAAGGAAGUCCGAAGGACUAAAAGCUGUAGGACAGAGUACAGGCCUCAUGACUUUAGGCUGGAUACUAGGAUGGAUGGUGGGUAUAGUCCGGGAGAAGCAGAGAUCUUUGAACGUGAAAGGAGCAGCAGAUACUAUCCUUCUGAUCCGACCAGAUCCCACCAGUUCCAGCAUUUCCAUACCAGAGAUGAUCCAUCUGUAUCCAGGAGGGAAAGCUUCAACUUAAGACAAGGUUCUUCAGGGAAGAGUUAUAAUCCAGACAUUCUAGAAUGGCGAGUUGGCAAGCUGGGGCUUAAGGACAAUUCGCAGUUGUUUGAAGAUGAAGUUCUAGCUCGACGGCUGCAGGAGGAAGAAGAAAGACACUUGGUGAGAACUAGAACAUGGAGCUUGCAGAAACAGGAAGAGGAUUUCCUAGCAGCUCAAGUCGCACAGGAUGAGGAAAUUGCCAAAUAUAUGCAGAAACGUGAACUCAAAUCGCGGAGAUGGCCACGUGAGGCAGAGAUGAGUCCUAGGAAGGCAGAAUUAAGUCCCAAAGAGGUACGUUCGAAUCCUGAGGAAACAGAGCCAUGUCCCAGAGAGGCUAGGCUGAAACAUCGAGAUGCUGAAUACGGCUGGCAACAGAGAGAGGAUGCUGACGGAGACAGCGACUCAUCAGAGAGGAGAAGGAAUAGCAGAUCAAGAAAGCUAUCAAAUGAGGUUCCUACUACACAUCAGAAAAGACUGGACAGUGGAAGUUUGCCAAGCCGAACUGAAGAUGAGCAUCCUGGACGGUCAGAUUCACCCACCCAGACCACAACAGCUUCAGGCACUGAUAGAACAAGUUACAUCUGUCCAAAGAACAUUGCUGAAGAGUUGGAUCCCACAUUUAAAGCUAAGGACAAAGAACGGUCUGGUGAAGCUGCCCCCGUCACACCGCCAGCUGCCACAAAGUCUCCUAGUGUACCUGUUGAUGGCUUCUUCGACUACAUGGAUGAAAGUACAGAACCAGUGUUCAUCCCUCCUACAAAACGACAGACUGAUAAAGCUGGGCAUCAGAAAUCUCGGGAGAAAAAGGAAGGAUGUAAACAGCAAUGAAGCUCAGAGCCAUUUCUGCAUUCAAGUGCCUGUGUCACUCCAGUCCAGAGGUUGAGAGAAUGGCACUCUGCUUUACUCCAUCUCAUUUGAUAAUUCCCUCCUAACUGGUGAUAUGGGAUUGGAGAUGAAUAGUCACACCUCUCUCCAAAUGAAGCUUUGGCUACAGUUAGGGACUUCUGCCAUUCUUUAAUGAAAUAAGAGUGGUAGACACUUGUAGUAAGUUUGUAAGGAAUAGGAAAAUCAGAAGUGCAUUUAAACAUGGCAUAACUGUUGAACAUAUUCCUAUAUAAGAUAAAAUGAAGCCUGACACCUAAUGUAGCCCAGUAAAAGGCACCCAGAGGUGAGAACUUAAAUGGGUGUUGUCAUGCAGAGUUGCUGUUUUGCUUUACUGUGACUUACCUUUACAUAUCAGUGGGUAACCUAUGCAUCUCUUUCAUACCACAACUAUGUAUCAUAAGAAGAUCAAGGGGAAUCUAAUGACUACUGUGUCUGGAGAUAAAAACUGAUAUGUUUCUACUUGCAUUUAUGAAGUCACAAAAGUAUUGCUUCCUUUUUUGUUAGAUUCUUUCCAGAUUGCCUCUUGCAUGUUCUGAGACAUUGCCAGUCUGGCUUCCUUAAAAGACACUGGUAUAUAGGUUUUGUUAAUAUGUUGUAUAGUAUUACUUAUGAAAAGUUUUGUUGUAUAGUGGAACUGUGCUAAUUACAGGGAAAAUAGCCAUUUGAAAGAUCCUUGCCAAGAUUUUUUAUCUGCACAUUUGAAAAUGAAGAGGAAGCUAUGGGAAAUUAAGAACAAAGGAGAUGUUUUCGUUCCAUCAUGGAUCAGAAUUAAAACUAUGGUUGGAACACAUGUGCAGACCAUUAGAGGGUGCUGCUACUUGUUUUUACAAUAACCAGUUCACCAAUGUGCCACAGAGGCAAUUAACUGUUUUUUGGGGGGGGGGGGGUGAUGAUAUUUUAGAAUGCUGGUACAAGUGUGUGCAAUGCAGAUAUGUAAUCUUUAGUAUGACUGGUUCUCCUGUACUGUUAUUUUUGUCAUACAUUUUCUUCACAUAUAAUAUUUAGAAGGCAUGAAAUAUGCAUUUCUGAUUCUGACCUACUAUUUGGAAAUCAUUUGAGUGCAGCCGAUGAAGGAGAAACACAAAGAGAGCAGCACAUCGUUUGGUGUGGAUGUCAUCCAAAGGUGAUAAAAAUAAUCUCAGCUUCACCCCAAGAACAAAAACAAGAUAUCUUAGGUGUACCAAUAUGUACAUUUGUAUUUUUGUUUUGGUUUCUGCUGUGCAUGUUUUAUAUAUGUACAGGUAUAAUCCAAAAGAGUACCUAAUGUUUUAGUGUGUGUUGCAGAUGGACCAGUGAGGCUCAGAUGUGUGGUACUGAUUUAUGUGGACAUGGAUUGUGGAUAAUUUUGGCUUCGUACUUCUCCUGAUCUACUCAAUACUGUUGCUGCGUUCUUGGUCUAAUGUUUUUAUAUGGCUUCAAUUUCUGCAGUGUUACUCAGAGUAAUAAUAAACCAACCACAUUACUCCCAA